UUGCUGUCGCAGUUAUCGUUUUGCAGACACGCAUGUUGGAAAAAGUGUUUUGUUGUAGACUGACAUUCUCGAUUAUUGUGUUAUUUCAUAGCACUUUUCGAUUGACACUUCUCGUUUAGAAAUCUGUACUUUUCAUUUAGAAAAUCUUCCCCAUAAUUUGCAGAAAUGCUAGUUGGCGGCCACGGCGAAUCUAAUCCGAACACAAACUGGCUGGACAGUCGUGGUUUAUGGAUUAGUUACGCUGUGGGGAUGCUUGUGCUUCAUCUGAUUCUUCUAAGUAUACCAGUUUUCAGUGUAGCAUUUGCUUGGACUCUUACGAAUAUCAUCCAUAAUUUGUGUCACUUUUUUUUCCUUCACUUCGUGAAAGGCUCACCAUGGGUUCCUCAAGAUCAAGGGGACAGUAGAGAACUUACCCACUGGGAGCAAAUUGAUUAUGGAGAGCAGUUUACUGUUACUCGGAAAUUCUUGACGGUUGUGCCCAUUGUACUAUUUUUCCUGGCUAGCUACUACACAAGGUAUGCAACUGGACAUUUCGUAGUGAAUUUUGUAUCGAUGAUGUUGGUCUUGCUGCCGAAGCUACCACAGUUCCACAGAGUGAGACUUUUUGGUAUAAAUAAGUACUAAGUAUUUUUUUGAUGACUUACUGUGUGUAAAAUUAUACAAUGUUACAGACGUCACUGCAUCUUUUGCAGAUGCACUGUACUUACGGUAUAAACUGCCAUUAUGUUUGAGAUUGCAGUUAAGUGUGUGUGUUUUUUAAACACUUUCAAGCUUUGAGAAGUGUAUGGCAGGUAUUGUUACUUCAGUUUGUGUGUAAAACUUUCCAGAUAAACACGAUGUUGUUCAGA